UACAACUAUCUCUGAUUCUUUUGAAAGAGGCAAGUUGCUUCAGGAGUUGCGUUUGGGUAUCUCCAAGCCCUGUGCAAGAUAACAAGCAAAACAGAGAUCAUGAGGAUCAAAAGCUUUGGACUUCUUUGUGUGUUGAUUCUGGUCUCCCAGAUACUACUAGCCAACUGUGAAAGGCAGAAGGAAAGAAAAAAGGGAAGACAAAGCAUAGAAGAUGGUGGAAAAAACCAAACUGAAUCUAACCAAGAAAAUGAAAAAGGGCGGAAGUCAAAAGGAGGAAAAUCAUCUCCUAAAGGCAAGUUUAAAACCAAAGAAAAUGCUGAGUGCACCUGGGCAGUGACUGACAUGAAUGCUGCUACUGUGCACAUAGAGUGCAAACAUGGUGACAGCGAGUUCUGGUGCGAAUUCUCUGGAGACCCUUCCACCUGUGCACAGUAUGCAGUAAACCAGAAAUCCUACUGGAAACAAGUCUCUCGAUCCCUAAAGAAGCAGAAGCAGAUCUGUCAAGACCCCAAAAGCAUCCUAAAACCUAAAGUAUGUAGGAAAGGCCCACGAAGUGCUCAUCUCAAGUUGAUUCACUCAAGCCUACUAACCUCAGUGGGUCCUGCAAAAGGGAACACAAUUCAUCAAGCAAAAGAAGUUGUUCAGACUCCAGCAGCCACCUCUGUGACUGAAAAAAAGCUAGAACACAGUCCUCAAGACUGUGUUGAAGACAUAGAUUAUAUUGAUCAGAAAAAGGUGGCGGAGGAAUACUGUCCCGAAAGCUUGCUUUCUUUCUGCAACUUUUUUAUCACAAUGGUCCAAGACAAAAAGUGCUGAGGAAGUGUUUCUAAAGCUCUGUAUCAUGGAAGUCCGGUCGUAUCUAAGUUACUGCAAACUAUUCCAGAUUUUAUUCUCAUGUUAUAUAAUGUAUAUAAGAAAAAAAGGAAUAUAUUUUUCUGAUUUUGUAUAUACACAACAGACUACAGUUGACAUAGUUGAAGAUGUUAUAGAUUUUAUUUGCACAUAGAUUGCUACACAGGUGUUACCAAUGGAUGUUACAUACUCUACAAAGAAGUAUAUAAGCAGUCUCCUUGCCCCUCUUUGAGCUGUGCUAGCCAAAGUGAUGAAUUCAGUGCUAUGCACUUCUUGGUUAUAUACAAUACUUUUGACCUAAAAAUUAUUAAGAAAAAUAAACUUCAAAAUAUAUUCCAAAUAUUCUGGCUGUCUCUGUGUUUAACUAGAUUUCUCUGUAAGUGUUAAGUCUUUGUCAAUGAUUGAUCUUUCACAGGACCUAGGCAAAGUGUUGCUUAUAAAGCAGUUUUAAAAAUACUUCUGCAGCUUUGCAGACUUCAGCUUUCUCAGCCAGUGCAAGCAACAUUUUGAGAGGGAAGUAUGAAGUAUAGUAGCACAUUGUACUCAUUUUCUGGCAGGUAAACAGAGACGCAGAGAAAAAAUGACUUAUACAAGUUCAUACACAGGCCCAAGACUGGACCCCUUAAGCAGCUAAAGAACUUGUGCUCAACACUGCCUGUAUGUUCUUUCAGGUUCCACUGUCUGUUAUCUUUAUGUAUGCACAACACAAAUAAAUACUUUUCUAUUCAUUAAACUUCACCUGUAUUUAAAAAAAAAAAAAUCCAAACUCUACAAGAAUAGAGAUUUUAGAAAAUAUAAAGCUAAAUAAUGACAACUGACCUUUGCUAUUUUUUGAAACUCCAGCUGGAAGAAAUGUAAUAUACAAGUUACACUUUUCCAGUGGCUCUGGGCUUGGAAGGAUGGUCUUCUAUCACAGUGGUCCACUUGGAGAAGCUUGAACUUUCAUGAAAUACAAUUUCCCUGAGCAUUUCUAGAAAAGUAAACUAAUAUUUCUGUUUCUUGAGAAAAUAUAGUCUGUUCCCUUCUGUAAUUAUCUUAUUGCUAGAAUAUUUGAGAGAAUAUUUUUAAGAUAGGUAGUUGUGAGUAAUUUACCUCCUGCCACUUCUCUCUUUUCCUUCAUUCUCACAUGUACUCACUUUUUAUUUAAAUGAGCAUGUCUG